GUCUGUUAGAAUUUGAAAGUUAAAUAUAACGGUUCUCAGGAAAUAUUUUUACCAGUUUUUAUAUUUUAUUAAGUUUUUUACAAAUCGUCCUAGAGUAACCGUUAAUUAUGUCCCAAUUUAAAUUCUGGAACGACGUUAAUAGUUUAUUAAAUAUGGAUGGCCCUGUUAGUGGUCCUGUUCCUCGUUGGCAAAGGAAAAAAGAAUCUACUUCCUCAAAUAAUAGCUCAAACAAUUCAUCCAAACUAAGAUCUCUGUCAUGUUCAGCUUUAAAUUCAACAAAAACCCCUGUUAAAGGUUCCGAAAAUGAUUACCAGCGCAACAAAACACCUUCAAAGACUCCAAAAAAGAAUAGGACUCCAACUCCUAAUAAAGGAUCGAGGACACCAGGUGGGGAUCGAUUUAUACCAUCAAGAAGUGCUAGUAAUUUAGACUUAGCCCAUUUGAAACUAACUCAGGAUGAAGGUAAUAAAUCAGAUAGUCCUACACAUAAAGAACUUCAAAAAGCCAUGUCAGAGAACCUAUAUGGAACUGAUAUCAGUAAUCAAAGGAUUCUUACUUAUAAAAAUAAGGCUCCAGCUGCACCUGAGGGCUUUCAGAACCCCAUGAAAGUUAUUUAUACUCAAACAAAGACACCAGCUUCUUCAAAAAGUAGUAGUAGAUAUAUUCCUCAAGCUCCAGAUAGAAUCCUUGAUGCUCCAGACAUUGUAGAUGAUUUCUAUUUGAAUUUAAUUGACUGGGGAUCAAAUAAUGUUUUAGCUGCAGCUUUAGGAUCUCAUGUAUAUUUAUGGAAUGCUGGUACAGGAAACAUUGAACAAUUAUUAGAAUUAGAAGGUAACGACUAUGUUUGCUCCUUAGCUUGGAUACAAGAAGGACAUUGCUUAGCUGUAGGAACAACUAACGGAACUGUUGAAUUAUGGGAUUGCUCAAGAUCCAAAAAAUUAAGGAUUAUGGAGGGUCACUCUGCUAGAGUUGGAUCUUUGGCUUGGAAUUCCUUUGUUUUAUCGACAGGUUGCCGUAGUGGUCAAAUUAUACAUCACGAUGUUAGACAAAGGGAUCAUCAGAUAGCAACACUUUCUGGACAUACUCAGGAAGUAUGUGGAUUGAAAUGGUCUCCUGAUGGAAAAUAUUUUGCGAGUGGAGGAAAUGAUAAUGUAUUGAAUAUUUGGCAAGCAGUCAGUGGAGCUUUUCAUACCAAUUCUACACCUUUACACACGUUUACUGCUCAUCAGGCAGCUGUUAAAGCUUUAUCAUGGUGCCCUUGGCAACCUCAUAUUUUAGCUAGCGGCGGUGGUACUGCAGAUAGACAUAUACGGUUUUGGAACUGUAAUACGGGAAGUUGCGUUAAUUCUGUCGAUACAAAGUCGCAGGUUUGCGCUUUAUUGUGGUCUACAAGUUAUAAAGAAUUAAUCUCCGGACAUGGAUUUGCUAAUAACGAAAUUGUUAUUUGGAAGUACCCCGGGAUGACAAAAAUAGCUGAGCUUACUGGACACACAGCAAGAGUAUUACAUCUGGCUAUGUCGCCAGAUGGUACUACCAUACUUUCUGCUGGAGCUGAUGAAACUUUAAGAUUAUGGAAAUGUUUCCCAAAGACUACUAUUAAGAGCAAAGAUAUUGAAAAAGUCAAGACAAAACCUAGUGCACUUAAGCAAUGCAUUAGAUAAUUCCAUUUUAUUUUAGGUAAUCGAUUGUGACUGAUAGUUUUAUAAUUUGCUAUUACGUUUAGUUUACCUCUUUAAAUAAAAAUUUUAC